AUGUCGAAGCAGGUCGAUCUGAACGAGCUCAAGAACCACAAGUCCGAGGACUCGGCUUGGACCGUUGUCGAAGGCAAGGUCUACGAUGUCACCGGCUUCCUUGACGACCACCCGGGCGGAAAGAAGAUCCUGCUCAAGAACUGCGGCAAGGAUGCCACCGAGGCCUUCUGGACUUACCACAGCGAGAAGAUUCUCGAAAAGGUUGCCGCCGAAUACCACAUUGGAGAGUUCAAAGACUCUGCUAAGCUCUAG